AUGGUCACUGCUGUCGCUGUCAUCUCCGGUAACUCUACCGUCACUGGUACUAUCACUUUCAACCAAGCAUCAGCUGCUGAGCAAAUCAACAUUGCCUGGAACAUCACUGGUAGCACACCCAACUCUCUCCGUGGUUUCCACGUCCACGCUUAUGGUGAUCUCACCAAUGGCUGUGCUUCUACUGGCAGCCAUUUCAACCCCCUCAACGAGACCCAUGGUGCUCCUUCUGACUCUGUCCGUCACUUUGGUGAUCUUGGAAACAUUUGGACUGAUGCUUCUGGUGCUUCCCUUGGUUCUACCACAGACCGUCUUUUGACCCUCUUUGGUGAGAACUCCAUUCUCGGCAGAGCGGUUGUUGUUCACACUGGUACUGAUGAUUUGGGCAAGGGCGGUAAUGCUGAUUCUCUCAAAACUGGUAAUGCUGGUGGCAGAGCUGCCUGCGGUAUCAUUGGCAUUGCUCCUACUCCUAGCAACACUGGCACCACUACUGCUGUCACCACUGUCACUGUAACUGUCGCCGGAACUGACUGUGCUACUGCUGCUGAGGCUACUUCCACUGCUUCAAAAUAA